AUGCAACUUUAAGGGUUCUUCUCUUAAAAUCUAGAAGUGAUUUAAUUCCAUACUCCUUUAUAUAUUUUAAAAGCUGCCCAAAGCAUCUUAUCAUCCAUAGCAUUCCAAACAUUCUAAUAUUAAGUUUAGGCCUAUUUCUGAAUUUACUCUCUUUUUUANAGUAAUUAAAAAUAAAAAUAUUUUUAGGAAUUUGGUAGACCAAGAUUUGCAAAGAAUGCAUUUACUUUAUCUGAAGUAACUGAGGAAAAGAAGGAAAAGAAAGAGAAAUAAAAAGAAUAACCAAAAUAAAAGGAAUAAUAGGAAUAACCUAAAUAGUAGAAAGAAUAACCUAAAUAGUAGAAAGAAUAACCUAAAUAAUAGAAAGAACAACCUAAAUAAUAGAAAGAAUAACCUAAAUAAUAGAAAGAAUAACCUAAAUAAUAACCAAAAUAAGAGGAAGAAGAUGAUGCUCCAAAAAAGAAGGAAUAAAAUCCUCUUGAUUUGUUGCCACCUUCAACUUUCAAUAUUGAUGAUUAUAAGAGAAUAUUCUUUGCAGAAAAAGAUAUCAAUAAAAAUAUUAAUACUCUCUUUUCCACAAUAGAUUUGAAUGGUUGGUCUUUAUGGUUUGUUAGAUAUAAUAAAGCAGAAAAUGAAGGUAAAUAAAUGCUUCUUACAAAUAAUUUGAUGAAAGGAUUUAUUAAUUAAAGAUUAGAUCAAAAUUUUAGAAAAUAUGCAUUUGCAAUUCACGGUGUGUAUGGUGAUGAACCAAAUCUUUAAACAAGAGGAGCUUGGAUUUGGAGAGGAACUGAAGUGCCAAAAGAAUGGGUAUCUAUAAUUAUAAAAUUGCUAUUAGAAAGAGCAUAUAGCCUAUGAUUAUCAUGAAUUUGUCAAAGUUGAUAUUAAUAAUGAAGCUUAAAAAUAAUUGUUUACUGACUAUUGGGUUAAAUAAGAGGAAGAUGUUUCAGAAGUUGAAGGAUUAAAAGCCAGAAGUUUAUUGUAUUUCAGAUGAGAUAUAUAUUAAAUAUAAGAAUAAAUUGCA